AUGACUAGUCGGGGCUUGAGUGCCGCCGCCGUGAGGAACCGACGGCACUACCUGCGGCUCCUGAGGGAAACUGCGCAGGAGGCCGUUUCGGAAGGAGUGACGUUUGCUGCUGAAAAGGGCGUCUUCAGGACCGUCUCGAGGCUCCGUCCGCAUGAGGCGAGCCUGCAGCUGCCGGCGAAUUGGGUGCGGACCUCCACGGCGCGUCUGCAGACGUCGCUGGCGGGAGUCGUCCCGAGGGAGCGGUGGGCCAGCAACGACCUGUUUCUGUGCGCGCUCAUCCACCCAAGUUACGUGGCCGCGCGGUCGGUGCGCGCGGCGGUGGCGAUGCCGAUCGAAUUAACGCUGACGGGCUCCUCCGCGCUGCGUCUGCUGAGGGAGGUCGCGGCCGUGCAUGGCGUGGCGGGGGUUCUGGCGGCGGCGGAGGUUGCGAACAUUCCCAGAAGGCUUGACGUGGAGGAUCUCCUGCUCUACGACGCGUCCGUGUUCGAAGCGUGUGGGCAAUUCCCACCGGAGGAGGUUCGAAUGGCCGCGGCCACGGCGUUGUGCGGCGCAGUGGUCCUCUCCGAGGGAAUCGGUGCCGCGACGGCCCUCUUGGAUCGGCUGCGGGGCGCAGAAAACAAAGAAGGGGUGGUGGAGAGAGGCGUGAAGGGCGGCGAGGCAACAACACCAGCAACAAGAAAAGGGACGACGAUGCCUGUUGAUGUUUCACCGUGA